AUGCGGCCCUCGGAUAUCAAGAUGUGCAUCAAGGACCACGACACGUUGCGGAGCGCCCUCCCAGACGUGGGAGAGGCCCAAGCCACUACAUUUGAUGAUGGUGGGCCCGGCAGGGUGAGCGGUAUGCUGCCUGACCGGGUCCAGCCAGGACUACUUCAGAGCAUCGGCUCUCCGGACCCACAGAUGCCCUACCAGGGUACGCCGACGCGCGACAUGACGCCCCCCACCCUCCCACUCGCCGGCCAGGACUACGUCGAUGCCCAAGACCCCGUGACUGCUGUUUCUUGA